UUUCGAAACACUUGAAGAAGUGGUUUUAUACAAAUUUUGCAUCAUUAAAGAGUUGAUCAUUGAAUGCCAUUUCAUAUAUUGAGAGAGUGAAAGCCGAGUAUACAAGAGAUUCAUCAUCUAGUCUCGAGACACUCGUGUCCUUCUCGUGAAUCAUAAGCAACUUUUUCCCAUUUAAAUCUUCCUACAGGUGAAAUGCACUGUCUAAGCUUUGUUUCGGUUAUGAAGUGUUUCAAUGGAUGCCAGGAUCACACCCGAGUUUCAGGACAUGGGACGAGAAUCUGGAAUUUUAGUGAUAAACCAAUUGAACUUCAGAUAAGGGUGGGAUCAAUACUGAAGAAAGUUCACACGUUGAAGCCAGGUUCAUCGAAGAGGCUGAAUUCGAAGAACAUUUACAAGGCUUACAUCCCGGGGAGGACUAAGGGCGGCCCCGGUAGUGGAGGAAUGAGGAGUUUGCUGUAUUACUAUGAUGAAACAUGCCAUCCUUACAUUUGGAUACAUGACACUGGAUGUGAUUUUUCUAGGAUGGUUAAGCAACAAUAUAUUAGCCUUGAGGACUUGAGGGAUUGUUCUGAGAUCAGAAUUUUUAGAGAUCAUCAGAGAGGUAGUAUAUCGGUUCGCAAGAAAUCAAGAACUGAGUUCUGUUGAAAUACUUCGCCGCCAAGCAGCAUGAUGCUUCUAAUGCUCUCCCACAUUCCGGCUUUCACAGUUUAGUAUUUUCACAUUUCUGUGAGCAUUUGCAUACAGUUUCUUAUAGUUUCAUGUUGUGUUGUGGGAUUUGAAGAUUACAUGUUACAAGAUAAAAAUAUGCAUGUACUCAAGUUGUAAAAAAUUCUGUUAACAAAAAACAAAUGGGUUGUAAAAUGUAUGUACUGCAACUCUAUGUUUGCUGUGAGAAAAUUGGUGUAUUAUUAUAAUUCUUAGACAGAAGAUCUAAGAUAAGCACUCGAUGAUAGUAGUCCGAUCUUAGAUCCAACUUCGAGAAGUAUCUCUCUUAUUGUUUAGGACAUGUGAAGGCAAUGUUGAUCGAGUCGCAUCAAUGUCAUGAGCACAAUGUUGACGUUGGAGUCGACAGUGCGUCUAACCAUACUGUUGUUUGCUUGAAUUUCUUGUUGAUGUGAAA